UGCGUGAAAAGAGCACACGUGGAUGGGUUGCCAGAUUGUUGGGAGUGCUAAGAGUGGUUCACACGUCGCCAUUUUCAGUUCGUAAAGUAAAUCGGGUUUCAAACGGGAAUUUUAAAUCCUAAAAUUAUGCGAAGACAAGUGUUUUUUUUUAUCACUGCCCUUUCCAAUUGGUCAAAGUUGAAGUCUAUUAUACAGGUCUUUUGUUAAUGUGCCAUGUUCAAAUGAAACCGUCUGAAACUUAAGAAUGAUUGAAUAACAUAAAUUCUACUGCGCAGCUUAAACACCUAUGACCUAUUUUAAAUACCCGUAUUCAUGACUUUGAGACUCAGCAUAAACAGUCCUUUAUCACAAAUUCGCCUUGCGACGGUCUGGCAACGCCACUCGUUGGCCAGCAUGAAAAUGCGCAACUCGGUUUCUAUUUCUAUCUUUCGCAUUUUCAACGUCUUUGUGAUCGGUUGUUGUUGGGUCGCGGAUGCCUAAACGUCGGUAGCUGAACGCCAAGCUGAAUGGAGCACGGUUCGGUUAAAUGCCCGAUAAAAACCCACUUCUGCUGACUGGCCCCUCGCACGAAAAUCCUUCGCCCAAAGUUGUAUAACAAAAAAAAAAGAAGAGAUUGAAAAUGCGCCAAUGUCAGAGUGUUUUAAAACAACAUCUAAUUGUGUGAAAAACAACAGAUACAAACUACGCAACACGGAAAUCGAAGGAAAACUUCGCAAACAACAACAGCAACUCUGUAGUCCUCCAAUCUAACGCACACCGACAUGCGUGACGUAAUUGAUGUAUUUAUUCUAAAACAAAAUUCGAGGAAAAUUGAGCAGCAAGAGCGUGCAAUUGUUUGUCCCUUUCGACUGCCUGUCGUUAAAAGAAAUAAAUAAUUGAUAAAAAAGCACCCGAAAAUGUAAACGGGAAGCGCACGUUCGCAGCACAAAUAACAAAAACAUAAAAUUAAAACGAAAUAUAAACGAUAUCGAGGGUGUAUAUACAAAAAGUGAUUUAAAUGUAAAACUUAACAAAAAAAAACAACAAGUUCGAGAUAUUCUGCAAACUUGAAGAGCGACAAACUUGAGAACGACAGCAGCAAUUGAAAACGCUUAGCAACAAUGUUGCACAAUAAUCGCGACAAUGCAGAGCCAAAAACAACAACAACAGCAGCAGCAACAACAACAACAACAGCAGCAGCAACAACAACAACAACAGAUGGCAAUGGAACGGAGCCAACAAUUGCAAUUGCAACGCACUUUGCAACAUCUGCCGCAGCAGAGGCAGAAACAUCAGCUGGUGUAAAGGAAAUAAAUGCAACAGCUGAGGGUCAACCGCCGCCGCCGCUGACAACAGCAACAACAACAACAGCUGUGGCAGCGCGAACGGAAUUGGCAGAAAAAGCUGAUGCGGCUGCUGCGCCGUCGAAUGCCGCUGCUGCAUCGUCUGCUGCCGCAGCAGAAUCGCCCGCAUUCGAUGCCCAGAUGCGGACGCAGCAACGUCAGAAGAUCAAGAUAUACCACGAUGCCAAGCAGACGGCGGUAUGGCGCACCGAUUCCCUGGCCUCCAAUCCCAGCUCGACCAUGUGCCCGGAUUUCGUGAGUUCCACAGCAGGAGGCGGAGGAAGCGGAGGCGCCACUGCAGCACCCUUGGGCCUGCCCAUGAGGGGCAUCAUUCUAUCGACGGCACCCAGUCUCCUGCAGCGAAAAUCCUCGGACAGCUCGCUCACCUCGUCCACCGCCCGUCGCGUCUCGUUUCCGGAUAACCAACUGGUCACCGGUUACCUGGAGCCGGCCAAUCCUUGGAAGCAAGUAUACCUUGUAAAGAGCAUUUCUGAGAUUGUUGACCAGUAUGAGCAGUCAUGUCGAAAGCAUAAGACAACGCCGUUGAAGAGCGUAACGGAUCACCUAAAGGGCCUGGAUCUGAACCAGGUGCGGCAGCCUCUACUCCCCCUAAAGGCGAAUCAACUGGCCGCCAACGAUUGCGAAGCCCUCGAGGAAAUUUUCAAAAGGAUACAAUACAAAUGCAUCGAUCUAUCCGACUGUAAGCUGGACGAGAGCUGCCUGAUGGCCCUUUUCCAGAUGAUCGAAUACUAUGAAGCCGCUGUCGAGCUGGACAUAUCAUACAACAAGGAGCAGAUGUCGAAGCGAUGUUGGGAACUGUGUGCUUACAUGGUGGAACGCAGCCAAGAGCUGCAGCUGCUCAACGCCGAGAGCAAUCAGAUUACAAAGUUGGGUGCCGACAGUCUCGGCAGGGCACUGGGCUCCUCCAAUCUGCACACCUUAAAGCUGGAGCACUGCGGCCUCAGGGGACAGCCACUCGUCCAUCUAUGCCGAGGUCUCUACCAAAACAAAAUGCUCAAGGAGCUGUGGGUGGGCUUCAAUGAUCUGGACUGUGUGGAUGCCCAGCACAUAGCUGAUAUGUUGCGCUACAAUCACAGCUUGGAGCUCAUCGACAUUAGCAACAACAAUAUACGAAACGAGGGUGUCAUGUACUUGGUGCAGGCCCUCAUCCUUCAGUCAACCGAGCUGGAACGACGAAUGGGAGCCUUAAAGCGCACCCGUGCCAUUGAGGUGGACGAGUGCGUGUCGCCUGUGGAGACUGAGCCCCCAACAGCCAUUCCCCAAUCCACCAACUCGUCCACCAGUCAAGCAAAAGACGCUGUCGAUGGAGAUUCAUCUACGCACGUUACCUCAAUUCCCGAGACACCGGGGGAGGAGGCGGCAUCAACCGAUCCAGCGGUGGGUGUUCUUGUUGACUUGGAGAACGAUAACGACGACGAAAACACUGAGGACACUGUUCGCACCGUGAGAAAUUGCAGUCAAAACGGCAGCGGACAGUCGAUGCUGGACAAGCUGCUCUCCAUGAACAGCGACAGCAGCAGCGAGGAGGCGCCCUCAAAUAUAUCCACCGACACUCUGGCCGCCUGCUGCUCCGAGGACAUCAGCGAGAUCAGCAACGAGAUUUUCGAACCCACCACCGCCAAACAGGCGCCAGCAGGAGACGAAGCCUGUUCGGCUAUGAUCUCAUCCAGCCCGAUGGAAUCCGAAUCGGCCGCUGUUGCAAGUGCAACCAAGGAGCCGCUAUCCCCAUCGCAACAACAACAGCAAUGUUCCCAAAACGAACGCAACAUAUGUGAUAUUACUCCCUCAACAGAGGCUAAAACCGUUGAACCCAAUGAAUCCUGUGUACAGAACAACAUCAUAAACAACAACAAUAAUAACAAUUCUAACAAUUCCCACAACAAUAGCAACAAUAACAAUACAAUCCAAUUGCCAUCAGGAGCUGAAGCAGCAGCACACUUAGUCGUAGCGCCACCACUGGGGAUCGGUAGCAGUCCCAGUGGUUCCUCGCCAGCGGCUAUUUUUGAGGUCACCGCCGAGGAGAGCGACUGCAUCAAUGGCAGUGGGGCGGGGGCUGGUGGAUCACGACCUCUAGACGUCAAUAAAAACGCAAAGGUUGCAGACGACUUCGAGGACACGCACAGCACAGACUCGGCGUUCGAAAGCGCCUCCGAAGGCGAUAUAAGUCGCCACCUACCCGACGAGUUUAGCCGGCUUUCGGUGUCACUGGAGAGCACGCGGCUGGAUGACAUGGCAAAGGAGAUGUGUGGCAUCGAGACCGCCACCAUUGCCACAGAAUCCACCGAGUGUCUGCUUGCCGCCCAGGAGGCUGCGACGCCCACUCCUACGCCGGCAGCUCCUGCGCUGGACAAAAAGGAAGAUGCCUUCGUGCCGCCAAAAGUAACCAUCGCCGAGGAAUGCCUGCUGAUAGAUAAAGAACUGAGCCCUAGCCCAUUUUCGUCUCCCAGUCCGGCGCCCACGCCCCCACCACCGUCCACGUCGCCGGGGGGAGCCAGCAUGGGACUACGCCGCACGGAGUCCAGCUGUGCAUAUCUUAACCAAUCCACCCGCAAUCGUUCCCAGAGCUCCGACAGCCUGUGCAGCGAGACAUCGCUGGACGGGAUGAGCAGCGGAGCUAGCAACAACAGUGUAAGCUCUACCGCCUCCGCCGAUCCCAAGUUUGCCGAGAAGCUGACCAAGAAUGACACACUUUCACGUCGCCAACUGGCCGAGGCCACACUGGAGGCCAAUCGAUCGCCCAGCGGGCUGAAGGCCCUCACCCUGUGGAACAAUAAUCUGACCAAGGACUGCGCCACAGCUGUUUCCGAGCUGCUGCAGAAGACCAUUUCGCUGGAACUGCUCAACAUUGGCAAGAAUUGUCUCUCCAAUGAGUUUAUUUCAACCAUUAAGGAAAGUCUGACGAAAAACACAACUCUGACCACAUUGGGGCUGCAGAGUGCCCAUCUGAGCGCCAAGGGGAUCGAGACACUGGCCUCCAUCCUUACCUUUGGUGGCAACAGCAAGCUCCAGCGCAUUGACAUCCGAGACAAUAAACUAGAGGUGGAAAGUCUGAACAUAAUCGCCGAGGUGCUCAAGUCCAAUAAAACGCUCACGCAGAUCGACAUUAACGAUGAGCCCAAGCGCCUGACGUUGCCCAUAGUGCCGAUAGUAAAUGUUAUACCGCCAUCGCCAUUGCCCCAGGAGAGCAUCGGCAGCGAUGCCCACUUGGACUACACAAGGGUGCUGGGCACUGUUCGCUCGCUGUGCUCGCGAAAUGAGAAGCGGCAAGCGCAGGAGCUGGCGGAGAAGGUGGCGAACGUGGUCGGUGGCGGCAGCAGUGUUGGUGGCAGUCUUCCGGGCAUUCGGUGUCGCGGCGGUUACUACUUGGGCUCGCGGAAGAUCUCGUUGACCUGCCACAGUCGCCCCCUUGUGGACGCGGCUACUGGCACGGUGACUGCAACGACAACCGCGACCGCUGCAGCAACCGCCAUGCCCACACCGGCUGCCCUGCUGGAGGUGAAGCGAAAGAGCGGGCCCCGUCUCCGCUCUCCGGGACCCAGUCCGCCCACCAUAUCGCCGUCGUCCUCGCCCAACCGUAGCCGCUUUCACGUGUCCCGCGUGGCUGAAGUGGCCAGUCCAUUGAUCUCGCCGCUGGCCCAGCAUCCGCCGCCGCACACGCCGCGCUCGGCCAGCAGCUGCAUGUCCAUACCCACCAUCGGAUCGCCUAGUGGCAGUCAGAGCAGCCUCGACACCGUUGGAGCCCUGCCCACCUCCAGUUCUCUGCCCGCAAUGGCGUCUGUUACCUCCUCGACGCAGACGGUCAAGCGGCUGUCGGUGUCGCCCAGGUCUCGCUUCCAUGUGUCUCGCAUCUACGAGGAUCCCCAGGUGCCGAUGGCCAACCGAAAGAUGCCGCCGAUCACGCCGCACACGCCUCCAAUCGACCUGCCACCCACUCCCAUGCUGAAAUCGGCAAGGAAGGCGGUUCUGCUGUCUGAGGCAGUGGAGGCAGCAGCUGCAGCGGUGCCCGUAAGCAGUGUGGUUAUUGUAGAGGCGGUAGAUGUUACCGACGCACAUAAUAGUACAAAAGUUGAAGAGGUAUCGGGGCAUACACUUUCGCCACACCUGACCGUAUCACCCACCUCCAGUCAUUCGAGCUCAACUUCGCCCGGAAGCAGCAGCAGUGGGAGCAGUAGCAAUAGCAAUGGUAGCACCUCAACCUCCACCGAUGCUACCGACUCUGUGGCCUCCGGCCCCGAAGCUCCACCCAGGACCUGUCCCCUGGCCGUGUUUGGCGAUAAUGACAUUACGUUGACCAAGGAAUCGGCUGGUGUGGUUGCUCUCUCUGCUGCUGCUGCUGCGGCGGGCAACUUGAAUCCAGUUAUGGAAAGUGAAUCAGAAGUGGUGCCGCCUUCCGAGCCCGUCAGCAAUGCCCCACAGACUCGUACCCGGAAAACUUCGUGGAUAGCCAAUCCGUCGGCGGUAGACAAGCUGCUCACUUUAUUCAACACGGGCACCAUUUUCCAUCGAAGCUCCUCGCCAGAACCCAAGGCCAGUCAAAUAAGCAGCGUUCCCGCCACCAACUCGAUCACAAACAGCGCACAGAACGCCACAGCGGCAAGCGUCGUAGGAGGAGCAAGCGGAGUCGACUCCAGUGGCAGCACCCCUAAUCCAAUUCUAUCGGCUGCGCGGAAAUCUUCGCCCGCAUCGUGGACCUCGCUGACCGGUAGUAACAUCUCCAACGCCAGCCAAAAUACAUCCUCACACACGGACACGGGCAGUUCAUCCUUCCUCGACACAGCCUCCAGACAGUUGCGGGAUUUUAGCAAGCAAGUCUUUCGCCAGAACAUCUCCUUCAACAACAGCGGUGAACAGGCGGCUUCUGGUGCAGUUUGCCAACAUGAGUUGAGCACGGGGACGUCGGCUUCAAGUAGCACGGAGUCGCCAUCCCCGCCGGAGUGCAACACAGCUCACAUUCCGCUCAGCCUAAAGCGUCAGCUGAAGGAAAACAUUUCGCCGGAGCACACGAUUAACGAGGAAACCCUUCACACGCUACAGAAGCUAUCAAGAACAGAGGAUGUGGCGCUAAAGGCAGAGGCGGCCACCGAACUGGGAGACAUUGAGAUCGUGAUGCACAGCGAGGUAGCCGAUUGCCAUUUGCCAGAGGAUAAACAGCAAGAGCAGGAAGAGACAUCUUCGGGUUUCGUUUAAAAAGGGCCAAGACCAAAUAUAACUUAAUAAUGCGUUAAUACAUGGAAAAGCAAACAAAUUGGAAAAGAAAGGAAAACACACAACUCAAACGACAAAAACCAACACCCACCCAGCAUUCCCAUGGCUCUCCUUUGUACUGUACCCCACCCGCCUUGAAAAAUGGUUAUGAGGUCAAGGAUGAUGAUGAAAGUUUGGGUUAACCACAACCCUGAAAAACAAAUAUGAUGAGUACACAAGUUAUUACUAACUUUGUUUUAUUUUUGGUUAUAUUCAUUUUAAGUUUUAUAACAGAAGAAAAUAUAAAUAUAUUUUAAUUAUAAAUACGGCAUAAGAAAUGCAAACAAAAUGCUCAAUAUUCACUUCAAGAAGCGCUGCUUACAAAACUAAACAAUUUAACAAGUUCUAAAUGUGGAAUUCUUUACUUUGGCAGCAGUUUUUCUGAAGUGAGUACUGACCCAAAAAUGGAUAUACUUUAAUGAAUGUAAAAUAUAAAAACAUUUCAAAUGUACACACACAUAAUAUAAACAAACACCAACCUAUAAAAAACACUAUUUGGCUUAGUGUUGGCCAUUAAAAGCUGACUUUUAAGAAGUUGCAUAAUUAUAAAGAGCGAAAAUAAUGUUGAAUUUAGAUGGACAAUUUGUACUUAUCAAUUCAAUUCUGAAAAGUUAACAAUAAUCAGAAACCACAAAGCCACCGGAAACACAUUGUUAUACAUACUUAAGUUAAUAUUAACUAUACGAAGAGCACGAUUGUUACAACUUAUUUAGGGAAAUCGUCCCGCAAUAGGAUUACUUUACGCCUAUGCAUAUGGAGUGCAAUUCCUUAUUUUUAUUCGUUUCUUCUCCCCUUUCUCAACUCGCUAACAAC